AUGACUGCCGCGGGGACUGCAUCUUCAUCAUUUCCGUCCGGCAGUGCCCCAUGCAGCUAUGGAACUAGUCAGAUGUCCACCACCAUGUUGGGUAAUCGUGCCGCUGGUUCUGGCAAACGUGGCCUAGUGCGUUGGUUUCAUCGACUCAUUCUGCCCUCAUUUUCCGACUCACGAACCAAGCUGCGUUGGGGUGUGUUAAUCCGAUCUGACUCGAAUGACGCACCCGCGUUUCUUGUUCUUUUCAAAUUACACCGCCGUUCUGCUCGAUCAUCCAAUUACCAUCUGAAUGCCAAUACUCGACGGCCAAUUGGACAGAAAACAGACUCGCGAUCUCGAGUGAACUCCUAUACUCCUGAAAUGUUUUCUACUAGAAAUUGUCAAGUUUUGGUUAUCGGAACAGCCCUAAUGGACUACCAGUCUGCCUACUCCCCUUCUGUGCUUAUCUCGGACGUUAUGGGUGUGAAGCAUAAACUAUAUCGUCUGUUGCCUGCACCAAACAGUGGUCGCGAGUUGUUUUCUACCGGUCGACCGAGUGGUAUGAGGACCGCCAUGCUGCAACACGAUCAGCCACGGGAGGACCUGAAGACCAGUUCGCCCCUUUGUGCAACAGAACUCCCGCUCUGGCCACAUACCAUACGGGUCCCGCGAAGCAAUCUACGCAAGACUCAAGUGAGUUGGCAGUCAUCGUGCUUUAUUUAUGGUACACCGCGAUGA